AUGUCUUUGCCUCAGCGGCCGGGGAAGACUUCCCCGCGAAGAGAAGAGACGUCGGCCUUCCGAGAGCCUUCGCGCAGACGACGGCGCGAAUCUGACAGUCUAAGUAACAAUGACCCCACGAGUCCACGGCAUCACAGACAUCACCGUUCGCAUAGUUCACGACACCAACAUGAUAUAGACGAGGAGCGGGCUGAAGAGGGUGGGAUAAGGCGAAAGAGGAGUUUGGUUAAGCCAGAAAGAGGUCGCAUGGAUCCGAGUCACCCAAAUUACCUUUACCGCCAAAAAACCCAAAACAUGCCCACGUACAAUCCAAUGACAGGUAACGAACCGCUGAUACAUGAAGAGGGAGAAGCGGAGACAAACAGUACACCGAGUAUGGAUUCGAAGCGCAAAGAUGCCCUGUACGGUGCGCAUGGGAAUGUCAACAAGCCCAUGGAGCGGGUCCCGACAAGACACCGAUCGAAGAAGAGGAAGGGCUCCAGAAAAAUCUCCAAACGCGAGGCGGCGGCGGAGAAGAGAAGGCGGAAAGCCAUGGAGCAGGUGCGACCUCCCAGCUUAUGGACAACAUACUGUUCAGUGAUCACAUUUUGGGCGCCCGACUUCGUCUUGAAGUGCUUUGGGAUGCCGCAAAAAGCCCAACGAAGCGCGUGGCGGGAAAAGAUCGGUCUCAUCAGUAUAAUCCUGAUGAUCGCGGCAUUUGUCGGUUUCCUCACGUUCGGUUUCACGGCUACUGUAUGCGGAACUCCUCCCACGCGAUUGAAAAUCAAUGAGAUCGGCAGCGGCUACAUGAUAUUCCACGGUCAAGCAUAUGAUCUGACCAAGUCAACGCAUCCUGCGGCCGCGGGUAUACCGGACAUGACCAAUGUCCUUUAUGACCUGCCGCACAAGUAUGGAGGCCAAGAUGGAAGCUUUUUCUUCCAGGAGGUAAACGGAGCUUGCAAGGGGUUAAUCACGCGGACCGAGAAUUCUGAUAUUCCCACUAAUUCCAACGGUGACCUUGCCUGGUAUUUCCCAUGCCAUGCUUUCAACCAGGAUGGCUCAUCCGAGCCCAACACGACGGUCUCUUAUUACAAUGGCUGGGCUUGCCAUACAUCUGGGUCAGCCCGUAAGUCUUUUUACAGCUUGAAAAACUCGGGUGAUGUCUAUUUCACCUGGGAAGAUACAAAGAACACAAGUCGGAAACUUGCAGUCUACUCUGGGAAUGUGCUUGAUCUAAACCUUCUGAACUGGUUCGACGAUACCCAGGUGAAUUACCCAACGAAAUUCAAGGACCUUCGUGAUAAUGAUGAUAUACGCGGAGUUGAUCUCACAUAUUACUUCCAAACCGGCGAGGACAAGCAAAUCGGCAAAUGUUUGUCUCAAAUAAUCAAGGUUGGGAGUAUCGACACCGACACAGUGGGCUGCAUCGCCUCCCAGGUUGUUUUGUAUGUGUCUCUGAUCUUCAUCCUGUCUAUCGUCAUUGUCAAGUUUGCCUUUGCGCUUCUUUUUCAGUGGUUCCUUGCUCCAAGAUUUGCGGCACAGAAGACUAGCAUGGGCGCGGUCGACUCGAAGGCUCGGAAUCAACAGAUUGAGGAUUGGUCAAAUGACAUCUACCGACCUGGUCCUCGUCUUGCGGACCCCGUUCCAGGUGAUCGAAUGAGCAAAAGGGCCAGUUUCCUGCCGACCACUUCGCGCUUCUCUAGCCCGUAUACAGUGAGCAACGGUGGAAAGCAGAAACCCCAAUGGGUAACCAUGGCAAGCCAGAAUUCUACCACUCGAUUGGUUCCCCCUGCCAGCGGCACUACUCCGUCCAUAUACAGGCAGAGUCACAACGGUCUCGGCAACGUGAGUGUGGAUAACUCACGGCUUAACCCAUCUGCUAGCAGAACAAGCUUGGUUCAGGAUUCACGUUAUUCGACUGUUAUACCGGACUCUGAGGGCAUUGGGUCGGCCGGCUACGUGCAUGAGCUUGUUGUCCCUCAACCACCCCCUGACUGGCAGCCCUAUGGCUUUCCUCUGGCUCAUGCAAUGUGCUUGGUUACCUGCUACUCGGAGGGUGAAGAAGGUAUUCGCACGACAUUGGACUCUAUUGCGUUAACGGACUACCCGAACAGCCAUAAAUCCAUAGUCGUGAUUUGUGACGGUAUCAUCAAGGGUAAAGGUGAAGAGUUUUCCACACCCGAUAUUGUUCUCCGCAUGAUGCGGGAUCCUAUCAUCCCUCCGGAAGAAGUCGAGGCAUUUUCGUAUGUAGCUGUCGCUACCGGUUCCAAGCGCCAUAACAUGGCCAAGGUCUAUGCCGGAUUUUACGACUACGGAGAACACUCCAUCAUCCCUGUCGAGAAGCAGCAGCGCGUUCCGAUGAUGAUCAUUGUGAAAUGUGGCACGCCGGCAGAAGCAACUGCUGCAAAGCCCGGUAACAGAGGAAAGAGAGACAGCCAGAUUAUUCUCAUGUCUUUCUUGCAGAAGGUCAUGUUUGACGAGAGAAUGACCGAGCUAGAGUAUGAAAUGUUCAACGGGCUCUUGCACGUAACUGGUAUUCCGCCAGAUUUCUAUGAGGUUGUGCUCAUGGUCGACGCGGAUACCAAAGUUUUCCCGGACAGUUUGACGCAUAUGAUCUCCGCAAUGGUCAAGGACCCCGAGGUGAUGGGCCUGUGUGGUGAGACAAAGAUUGCAAACAAGACUGAUAGCUGGGUGACCAUGAUCCAAGUCUUUGAGUACUUUGUUUCUCACCACCAGUCGAAAGCAUUCGAAUCGGUGUUCGGUGGUGUUACCUGUCUCCCAGGGUGUUUCUCAAUGUAUCGAAUCAAAGCACCUAAGGGUGGCCAGAACUACUGGGUGCCGAUUCUUGCGAACCCUGAUAUCGUCGAACAUUACUCGGAAAACGUCGUGGACACCUUGCACAAGAAGAACUUGCUGCUUCUGGGUGAGGAUCGUUAUCUGUCCACUCUCAUGCUUCGAACGUUCCCUAAGCGCAAGCAAAUAUUCGUUCCUCAAGCUGUUUGUAAGACAGUGGUGCCCGACAAGUUCAUGGUGCUCUUAUCCCAACGACGUCGCUGGAUCAACAGUACAGUCCACAACCUCAUGGAGCUGGUCUUGGUUCGAGACCUGUGCGGUACGUUCUGCUUCAGUAUGCAGUUCGUCAUCUUCGUUGAGCUGGUCGGAACUGUCGUACUCCCCGCCGCCAUUUCUUUCACCAUCUACGUCGUUGUUUCUUCAAUCAUCAAACAGCCUGUCCAAAUCAUCCCGCUGGUCUUGCUCGCCCUUAUUCUUGGACUUCCUGGAGUCCUGGUCGUUGUGACGGCUCACCGACUUGUCUAUGUCUUGUGGAUGCUUGUAUACCUCAUUUCGCUGCCAAUCUGGAACUUCGUCCUCCCUACGUACGCAUACUGGAAAUUCGACGACUUCAGUUGGGGCGAUACUCGAAAGACCGCUGGUGAGAAGGACAAGGGCCACGAAGACGGCGAGGGAGAAUUCGACAGCAGUAAGAUCACGAUGAAGAGAUGGCGCGACUUUGAGAAAGAUCGUCGCUUAAGAAUGCAAGCUGGGUGGCAGCUGCCGGUCGGUGGGCAUCCGCCAAUGCCAUAUGAACCGUAUCCGGAAUACUAGUAUCUGCGAUCUACCUCUUGCAUUCCCUUCAUGUCAUGACAUAUUGUACAUUGCGAUUUGAUUUCUUUCUGGAUAUAGCUGGUAGUGUUCUUGUGUCUAUAGUAUAGUGGCCUUUAAGAGCGGGAUCCCAUGUUAACUUCGGGAUUCUGUGAAAAAUAAUACCAAAGC